GAGCGCGAGGAGAACGUGAAGGCGGACGUUUUCCACGCCUACCUGUCGCUGCUCAAACAGACCCGACCCGCUCAGAGCUGGUUGGCCGAUCCAGACGCCAUGGAGCAGGGAGACACGCCGCUCACCAUGCUGCAGAGCCAGGUGCCCAUGAUAGUGAAAGCUCUGCACAAGCAGCUGAAGGAGAAAAGUGUGAAAACUCGUCAGUGUUGUUUCAACAUGUUGACCGAGCUCGUGAACGUCCUGCCUGGAGCUCUGACACAGCACAUCCCAGUACUGAUACCAGGUAUCAUCUUCUCUCUGAACGAUAAGUCGAGCAGCUCAAACCUCAAAAUCGACGCGUUGGCGUGCCUCCACGUCAUCAUGGUCACGCAUCCCGCUCACGCCUUCCACGCCCACGUCCCCGCCCUCGUCCCGCCCGUGGUGGCCUGCGUGGGAGACCCCUUCUACAAGAUCACUUCAGAGGCCCUGCUCGUCACUCAGCAGCUCGUCAAGGUGAUCCGACCUCUGGACAACCAACCAGAGAGCUCCGACAGCUUUGACCCCUCCCCUUACAUCAACGACCUGUUCACCUGCACGAUCAGACGCCUGAAAGCCGCCGACAUCGACCAGGAAGUGAAAGAGCGAGCCAUUUCCUGCAUGGGCCAGAUCAUCUGUAACCUAGGAGACCGUCUGCCCGCCGAACUACCGGGAACGCUGCUUAUCUUCUUGGAACGCCUAAAGAACGAAAUCACCAGACUGACCACAGUGAAAGCUCUGACGCUGAUCGCUGGCUCGCCGCUGAAAAUCGAUCUAAGGCCGGUUCUCCCUGAUGCCGUUCCCAUCCUCGCAUCAUUUCUCCGCAAGAACCAGCGAGCUCUGAAGCUGUGCACGCUCGCCGCUCUGGACAUCCUGCUCAGAAACUACAGCUCUGCGGUGACCUCCGUCAUGGUGGACGCCGUGCUGGCCGAGCUCCCGCCUCUCAUCUCGGAAAGCGACAUGCACGUGUCUCAGAUGGCGCUCAGCUUCCUGUCCACGCUGGCGGUCACUCACCCUUCCUCGCUGGGUCAGCUGAGCGGAGGCAACAUCCUGCAGCAGCUCAUCAUGCUGGUUCGAUCCCCGCUGCUGCAGGGCGGAGCGCUCGCCGCCAUGCUGGACUUCUACCAGGCCCUGGUUGCCACGGAGACCCCUGGUCUAGGUUACAUGGACCUCCUGAGGAUGCUGACCGGUCCCGUUUACUCCCAGAGCGCCGCUCUGCCUCACAAACAGGCGUACUGCUCCAUCGCCAAGUGUGUCGCCGCUCUAACCCGGGCGUGUCCCAACGAGGGGCCGGCCGUGGUCGGACAGUUCAUCCAGGACGUGAAGAACAGUCGCUCCACAGACUCCAUCCGGCUGCUUGCUCUGCUCUCAUUGGGCGAGGUCGGACAUCACGUGGACCUGAGCAGCCAACCAGAGCUGAAGACGGUGAUCCUGGACGCUUUCUCCUCCUCCAGUGAAGAGGUGAAGUCAGCAGCCUCGUACGCGUUGGGCAGCAUCGCGGUGGGGAAUCUUCCGGAGUAUCUUCCGUUCGUCCUUCAGGAGAUCUCGUCCUCUAAGAGACAGUACCUGCUGCUGCACUCGCUCAAAGAGAUCAUCAGCUCGGCGUCGGUCUCGGGUCUGAAGCCGUACGUGGAGUCCGUCUGGUCUCUGCUGCUCAAACACUGUGAGUGUCAGGAGGAAGGAACCAGGAACGUGGUCGCAGAGUGUCUCGGAAAACUGACACUGAUCGACCCGGAAACCCUGCUGCCCCGCCUCAAAGGAUACCUGCUGUCAGGGUCGUCGUACGCCAGGAGCUCCGUGGUCACAGCGGUAAAGUUCACCAUCUCUGACCAACCGCAGCCCAUCGACCCGCUGCUGAAAAACUGCAUAGGUGAUUUCUUAAAGACGCUGGAGGACCCGGACCUGAACGUGCGUCGUGUUGCCUUGGUAACGUUUAACUCGGCCGCCCACAACAAGCCGAGUCUGAUCCGUGAGCUGCUGGACUCGGUCCUACCGCAGCUCUACAACGAGACCAAAGUGAGGAAGGAGCUGAUCCGAGAGGUGGAGAUGGGUCCGUUCAAACACACGGUGGAUGACGGUCUGGACUUGAGGAAGGCAGCGUUUGAGUGCAUGUACACUCUGCUGGACAGCUGUCUGGACCGACUCGACAUCUUCACCUUCCUGAACCACGUGGAGGACGGACUGAAGGACCACUACGACAUCAAGAUGCUGACGUUCCUGAUGCUCGCCCGCCUCUCGUCUCUCUGUCCCAGCGCUGUUUUACAGAGACUGGACCGACUGGUGGAACCACUGAGAGCAACCUGCACCACCAAGGUGAAGGCGAACUCGGUGAAGCAGGAGUUCGAGAAGCAGGACGAGCUGAAGCGGUCGGCGAUGCGAGCCGUGGUCGCUCUUCUUACGAUCCCUGAGGCGGAGAAGUCGCCGUUGAUGUCGGAGUUCCAGUCCCAGAUCUCGUCCAAUCAGGAGCUGGCGGCCAUCUUUGAUUCGAUCCAGAGGGACUCCAGCUCCGCCAACAUGGAGUCGAUGGACACCAGUUAAAGAGACAGACUAACAAGUAUCCCACAAUGCAACAGGGCACCACGCAGCUGCUGGAGCGCUAACCCUGCAGCAUGUUUCAUGACAACAGGACUCAAACACACACACACGCACACACACACUCGUAGUGACACACCCUCUCCUAGCGAUCGAUCGUCCCAUGAUGCAUUGCACUGAAAUCAGCUGUUGGAAAAGAAAGACCGAAGACUGACGUACGGCUCACACACUCGGACAAAAACAAAGAACAAAAAAAAAUACUCAAAAAAAGAAAAGUUCCACAUGAGGCUUGGAAGCUCCUCCCACUUCCUAUUUGUUUUUCUAGCGAGGUCGUCUGAUUGGCUGAUGUCCUUGUUCAUCAUUCUUUUUUAUUUUGUGUUUCUUUUCUUUUUUUCUUAACGUUAUUCCAGAAAGUUCCUCGGGUACCGUUACCUGAUUGGCCGCUGCUGAGUGACUGACAGUUGGCGUGUUAUCUAAACUGACCAAUGGGAAAACGGCCUUUCCUGCCUGAGGCUGCAGUGACCAAUGGGAGAAGGGCUUGCUAUGGGUUAUUUUGUUUUUUUGCAAAUGAUAGAGAAACCGGCGCGUCGAUUAAAAAGGGGCGGGGUUUUUACUGUUUGUGGACCAAUCAGAUUUUUUGUUUUCCCCUGGUUCGGUAGCCCCGCCCUCCAGAGUGGCGAGAAGAGCUUAUUGGACCAGGUUCAACCUGACCAGACCCGAUUGGAUGAUACAGAUGACCUGCGUGGCUGUUGCCAUGGUGAUACAGUGUGUGUGUGUGUGUGUAAAACGAUGUAACAAUAUUCUGACGGGCCUGUCUGUUCGCGGGCUGUUUUAAACCGGUUCCAGCCGGUUCAGUCUGGUCACUACUGGUUUGGUUUUAAUGUGUUCUAGUAUAUUUUGAUUCGGUUGAACUGGGUCCAGUCUGGUUUCGUCCGGUCCGGUCUGGUCAGGAUUAUCCGCUGUUGUUUAUCGCCCAUGAGAAAUAAAAAGGUCCAUUUCUGCCUGCCUUCAUUCUC